UUUAGAAUGGAGAGAACUCUACUCAAUCUCCCGGAGCUCAGUUUGGCAAAAAUUGUGGCCUAUCUCGGACCAAAUGCAACCAUCAACUUUGCGCUGUCCUCUCCAAUUGUCCGAGAAUUCAUCAAAACUCUGAACCUCUACGUAGAGUUUUUCUCGGUGGAAAUCAAUAAUAAUCGAUGCGUCAUUCGUUUGAAAUUUUUCUAUUCGAAAAAGGAAUUCGAAUGGAAGUUCGUGCCACCAACAUCGUGCCACCAUAGGACUAUAAUCAGGAAAUUGAAUAGAAAAACUGCAUUAUGCCAAAAUCCAUUGAAAGAGAUGAUGAAGGCGGCUGAAUGGGUGACUGAAUUGAUAAGAUUUCCGAUUUCAAAUGUUCAUAUCUGGGGACCUGAUUUCGAAGGAUCUGCUGAUCUUUUCGAUUGGUCGGCUAUACAACAAUGUGAGGGCAUUUCGAUGAACCUAAUCUCUACGAUGAAUGGAAAUUUGGAAAACUUCAAAGAUCUGGAACACCUUGAACUCAGUGGCUGUUCAUGGUUCAGAGCGGAGCAUUUUCGAGCAUUGGAGGCAAAUCGUGUUUCUCUUUAUUGCUUAAACUUCACUGUUCAAGACGUGAAUACUAUUCUCAGAGAUUGGACCCGAGGAUCAAAUGCGAAAUUGGAAAAUUUGAUUGUUCAUUCGAAAGAGAUUGAUGGAAGAGUUCCAGGGCAAAUUCUGGAAGGUCUCGAUGUGAAACCAUGGAACCACGAACAACGGCAGAAAAUUUUCCCAAAAGAAGAACCAUUCCAAUCAUUAAACUGCGAGAAAGCGAUGGAUUUUGAACGAGCCGAUGGUCUUCUCGCUUCUGUGAUCAUUAACGAUAACGAGGUUGAGAUGGUGGUUUGGCAUAAAAGAUUCUCCGACCAAGAGCCGAUGGAAGAAGAUUGAAUUUUCAUUUAAUUUUGUUGCAAUAAACCAAAUGUUGAAUUUAAAAA